AUGGCCUCUAUUCGCGUUCUUUCCUUCGAUGCUGAGGGCCGUCCCGUGCAGUUCACUUCCUGGCUCGAUGACCUGCAGUUGUAUCUUAUGAGCAAUAGCACGGACCACAUCUCCCUCUAUGACUACGCGUCUGGUGCUGCCGCUGCUCCUGCUGCCACAGCCGAGCUUAGUGUACGUUCACAGUGGCAGACUCGUGACGCUGCAGCUCGCCUGGCUAUUCGCAGUCACCUGCCGUUAGCUGAGCUAGAGCACUUUGGCGACUGCAAAACCGCUAAGGCCCUAUAUGACGCUGUCGUUGCUCGCUACUCCUCACCUGCCACAGCCGAGCUUAGCCGUCUCAUGCUGCCUUACCUGUUCCCUGACCUGUCCACCUUUGCUACAGUCGCCGAUCUUAUCACCCACCUUCGCACUAGUGAUGCUCGCCUGCGUGCCGCCCUUCCCACCGAGUUCUGCGCUAAGAACCCCCCUCCCCUGUACUGGACACUCCACUUCAUAGUCACCCGUCUCCCUGACACCCUCAGCUCAGUGCGCGACUAUUUCCUUGCUCGCUGUCCCACUGAGCUCACUGUCGCCCUCCUAGAGGAGAAGCUGCUAGCAGCCGAGAAGAGCAUUGUGGCUGUUGGUGCUGCUCGCGGCGCUCCUCGCACCCCCAUCUUUGAGGGGUGCUCUCCCUCUCCCCUCGCUCCCUCCUAUGCUACUGCUGCUGCUGUUGACUUCCUUGGUGCUGAGUCUGCUGGCGCUGCUUCUGCUCCUGGUGGGAGGCGCCGCACCGGCAAGGGCAAGGGGGGCAAGGGUGGCGGGGGUGGCGCUGGGGGGGGAGGGGGUGGGGGAGGUGGGGGGGGAGGCGGUGCUGGAGGGAGCGGGGGGGGAGUGCCGGUGGGAGUGGGGCCGGCGGCGGAGGCGGGGGCGGCGGCGGGAGCAGUGGCGGUGGUGGCAGCGGCGGCGGUGGCGGCGGUGGCGGUAGUGGCGGUGGCGGUGGCGGUGGUGGCGGUCGGAGCGGAGGUAGUGGCGGCGGUGGAGGUCGGAGUGGAGGCACCGGCUCGGGCCAGAGCUCCCAGCAGCAGCAGCGUCCCCAGUCGACCCAGCAGCUUCACGUGUGGAAAGUUCCACACUCAGUACCGCUGCUUCUUCCGCCUUGACGACGCUUGGCGUGAGGAGAUGGGCGAGGAUGUUGAGCGCCCUCGCUGGGCUGAGCUGAUGAGGGCUGGUGUUGAUAUCUUUGCUCUUGACUAUGAUGCUAUUAUUGCUGCCAUGUAUGCAUUGACUGUUAGUGCCGAGGGAGACUGUUACUUGUGUGUGCCGCCUGACCCAGGUAUAGAGCCCGCUGCCCUAGGUGCUAGUGCGUCUGCUCUCUCUGGUAUGGUGCCCCCUGUACCUGCUCCCUCCAGUGCUGUCCCGGCUGUUUGCGAGUCUGCUCUCUCAGGUACAGCACCCACAGAGACUGCUCUCUCAGGUACCGCACCGGCUGAGGCCUGUCACACCUUCACCCUUGACUCAGUCCUUGCACAGUCCACCACUGUGCUCCCUUGUCCGGCGGUUCCGUCUGGCUCGUUGACAGGUUUCCACCUCCCCUCGUUCUCGACGAACCUGGUGAGCAACGCUGUCAUCCAGGAUCAGUGGGUUGACACCUUUACCCCUGGAGGACAGCGUGUGGCGAUCUGCACGUGCUCCAGGACCGGCCGUCACCUGGCUACGUUUACCCGUCGGCCGGGGUCGAGUCUCUACACACUGACCACUGCGUCUCCUCAGGUCGCUGCUGUCGGUCAGGUGUCUGCGUCAGGUCUGGUAGCCCACGCCUGUGAGUGUCGUUCCCUGUCGCACCAGACUCUUCUCUGGCACCACCGCCUGGGUCACCCCUCCUUGCCACGCCUUCGUGGCAUGCACCGUCGCCACCUUGUGUCUGGUCUUCCCAGGUCCCUCCCUCCCCUCCCUGCCUCGCCUGCGCCGCCUUGCCUUCCUUGUGUCGAGGGGCGGCAGCGCGCCGCUCCUCACUCCUCCUCGUUCCCCCCGACAGAGGCUCCUCUGCAGACCCUCCACCUGGACGUGUGGGGCCCAGCCCGCGUUCGUGGUCAGGGCGGUGAGCGGUAUUUUUUGCUGGUUGUCGACGACUACUCGCGUUACACCACGGUCUUCCCCUUGCGCACCAAGGGUGAGGUCCCUGCUGUUCUGAUCCCUUGGAUCCGCACAGUUCGUCUCCAGCUCCGCCGCCGUUUCCGGACGGAUCUUCCUGUCCUGCGUCUGCACUCUGACAGAGGUGGUGAGUUCUCCUCCGAUCUCUUGAGGACCUUCUGUCAGGCGGAGGGCAUUGAGCAGACCUUCACGCUUCCGGACUCCCCACAGCAGAAUGGGGUUGCUGAGCGCCGCAUUGGCCUGGUCAUGGAGGUCGCUCGUACCUCCUUGGUCCACGCGGCGGCUCCCCAUUUUCUGUGGCCGUUUGCUGUCCGGUACGCCGCGCAUCAGCUCAACCUCUGGCCCCGUGUCUCCUUGCCGGAGACCUCGCCCACACUGCGUUGGACGGGGGAGGUUGGCGAUGCGUCGCGCUUCCGGGUGUGGGGUGCUCGUGCCCUUGUCCGCGAUACGUCCGCGGACAAGCUCUCCUCCCGCACGCUUCCCUGUGUCUUCCUUGGCUUUGUCCCUGACGCGCCUGGCUGGCAGUUUUACCACCCCACCUCGCGCCGGGUCUUCGCCUCUCAGGAUGUCACCUUUGACGAGUCGGUCCCUUUUUACCGUCUCUUCCCCUACCGCACUGCCCCCCUCCCUCCCCCACCGCUUUUCCUUGCUCCUGGCCCCCCUCCGGUAGACCCCCUUCCCCCUCAGGGUCCUGCUCCUUCAGGUGUCUCUCAGGUAGACCCUCCUCCCGUCGCUGAGCCUGUCGAGGUCACAGGUGACUCAGGUGCUGCUGCAGGUGGUACUGCUGGGAGUGCUGAGCCUGGGGGUGCUGAGCCUGCGGGUGCUGGGCCUGGGAGUGCUGGGACUGCGGGUGCUGGAGCUGAGGGUACUGUGCCUGAGAGUUUGCCGCCUGGGGGUGCUGAGCCUGGGGGUGCUGCGACUGAGGGUGCUGAGCCUGCGUGUGCGGAGUCUGGGGGUGCGGAGUCUGGGGGUGCUGAGUCUGGGGGUGCUGAGCCUGCGGGUACUGAGCCUGGGGGUGCUGCUGCUGAGCCUACGGAGCCUCGGGUUGCUGCGUCUGGGGGUGCUCCGGUUCGGGGUGCUGAGCAGUCUCUCACACCGCAGCAGCUUCGUGACUGGUACGUCCGGCGCUUCCGCCGUCCUCGUGGCUCGGCUGGAGUUGGGGGUGCUGGAGCUGCUCGUCCUGGGGGUACUGGAGCUGCCGGGACUGGUUGUUCUGGGAGCACUACGACUGGAGCUGCUGGAGCUGGGGACUCUGGCGCUGGCGGUGCUAGCGGAGUUGGAGCUGCCGCCUCUGGGGGUACUCUUCCUAGCGGUGCUGCGGACCCUGGGGGUGGCGCUGCUGCUGGUGCUGCGGACCCACCUGGUGGAGCUGCUGCUGGAGCUGAGGACCCGAGCGGUGGCGCUGCUGCUGGUGCUGGGGACCCGGACGUUGGAGCUCCUGCUGGUACUGAGGACCCGGCCGCUGGAGUCUCUUCUGCUUCUGGAGACGCUGCGCGGCCGCGACCGUACUUCGUACCGCUCCUUCAGCAGGUUCUUGGGCAGGCUCCUCCUCCUUGUCCUCCUCCCUCCGUCGAGUGUCCUCCGCCUGUCCAGCCGCAGUCACAGUUACCGCCUACCUCGCCUCUCCCUGCUCCCUCUCCUUACACUGGUCCCACAGGAGGUCUUGCAGAGCGUCGUGAGCCUGAGUCUCGUCCUGCGUCGCCUGUCCGUACUGCUCGCACUGGUCGUCGUGUCCGUCGUGAGCGUCCUCCUCCUGUCCCAGGCACUCACUACAUGACUCUGCGUCCCUCUACUGCUCCUCAGCGUGUCCCUCUGCCGUCUCCUCCUGCGUCCUCUUUGCCUGCUGUUCCGGACCCUGAGUCUGACCAGUAUCGUGCUGAGCACCCUACUGUCACGCGUCUCCUAGCUACUGUUGUCACUGACCCUACCUUUGAGUCCUCGGCUGCGUCUGCUCUGGUCGCUGAGUUGGUUGACUUUGCUGCUGCCUGUCGUCUAGACUUCGCUGCUCGCCUUGUUGCUGGGUCUGAGUCUGCGUCUGUCUGUCCUCCGUCCGUCGGGGGUGAGUGUGCUCUUGGCACGGACGUCCUUGAGGACAGGCAGGAGGACUUUGACUCUCUCGCGGCUGCUGUACCUCAUCUCGUGGCCUCGUUGCUUGCCCCUGAGGGAGACCCGGAUGCACUAGACAUCCCCACUCCGCGCACUUACGCAGAGGCGAUCUCGGGUCCCUACUCCUCUCAGUGGCAGACAGCCAUGGACGCAGAGAUGGCAUCCUGGAAGUCCACAGGCACCUACGUCGACGAGGUUCUCCCUCCUGGGGCGAACAUCGUCGAUGGCAUGUGGAUUUUCAGGGUGAAGCGGCCGCCAGGUUCUCCGCCUGUCUUCAAGGCUCGUUACGUUGCUAGAGGCUUCAGUCAGCGUCAGGGGGUCGACUUCUUCCAGACCUUCUCCCCCACCCCGAAGAUGACCACUCUUCGGGUUCUGCUGCACGUUGCUGCUCAGCGUGACUACGAGCUUCACUCUCUUGACUUCAGCACAGCGUUCCUGCAGGGCAGCCUGCACGAGGAGAUCUGGCUGCGCCGCCCACCUGGCUUUACUGGGUCGUUUCCUCCUGGUACCCAGUGGAGCCUCCGCCGGCCAGUCUACGGUCUCCGCCAGGCGCCACGCGAGUGGCACGACACACUGAGGACUACACUUGCGGCUCUUGGGUUCGCGCCGUCUACUGCUGACCCGUCGCUGUUUCUGCGCACAGACACGUCGCUGCCGCCGUUCUACAUUCUCGUGUACGUCGACGACUUGGUCUUUGCUACUGCUGACACUGAGGCACUCGCUCGUGUGAAGUCGGAGCUGCAGAAGAGACACACCUGCACUGACCUGGGUGAGCUGCGUAGCUACCUUGGCUUGCAGAUCACCCGGGACAGAGCUCGCCGCACCAUCACCUUGACUCAGUCACACAUGGUGCAGCAGGUCCUUCAGCGCUUCGGCUUCCAGUUCUCCUCACCACAGGCCACACCUCUGGCUACCAGCCACUCGCUCUCAGCUCCACCUCCGGACGAGUCCGUAGAGCCGAGUGGCCCGUACCCAGAGCUUGUGGGCUGCCUCAUGUACCUGAUGACUUGCACGCGACCUGACCUCGCGUACCCUCUUAGCAUCCUUGCUCGUUACGUUGCGCCUGGGAGACACAGGCGAGAGCACUGGGAGGCUACUAAGAGGGUGCUGCGCUACUUGUGCAGUACAUCAGGCAUGGGGCUGGUGCUUGGAGGACGCGACAGAGUUGUCCUCACUGGCCACUCGGACGCUUCUUGGGUGGACGACCUGGCUACGCAGCGGUCGUCACAGGGUUACACCUUCAGCCUUGGUUCUGGUUCUGUCUCGUGGCGGUCCACCCGCUCUUCCUCUGUUCUCGGCUCUAGUUGUGAGGCUGAGAUCUACGCCACAGCCAUGGCUGCACAGGAGUUACGCUGGCUCACCUACCUGCUGACUGACUUGGGAGAGCGGCCUAGUUCUCCUCCAGUUCUGUACGGUGACAACAAGGCGGCUCUUGCCUUGUGUCAGGAGCACAGACUGGAGCACAGGACGAAGCACAUUGCUCUUCGCUACUUUCUUGCUCGAGAGCUUCAGCAGCGCGGUCAGCUUCGGCUUGUGUACGUGGACUCGAAGGCCAACACUGCUGAUAUCUUCACCAAGGCGCUCCCGCCUAGUGAUCAUCAGCGGCACUGUACUUCUUUAGGCCUUGUGUCCACGUUUCCUCACUUGCUCACUGCUUGA